AAGCGUCGUAAGCCUAAAUUGAUCGUAGAUUCCAUCGUAGGACAAAUCUUAGUUUUACGGGCCGUUCCCAAAGACAUCGUAGCUAAAGUGUCUUUUGAAAAUUCGUAACUCUUUAAAGCGCAUACAUUAGCUUACUCCUUAUGAGCAUGUUUGGGAAACGCACGUAAGAAAUAUCGAUGGUUUCGUUUUUUGCUCGAUCGUUGCUACGAUCCAUCGUUAUCGGGAAACGCAGUCCAGAGCAACUCUAAUGGAUGAGAAGCAGCUAACCUAGUUCGGCAUGAGCUACCCGAGUUCUAGCUAAUAGACCCCACGUUGGAUAAAUAUCGUCCAGACUAGUCUUGUUGUUUGCUAUUGUAAUUGUUUCGGAUCAUGUUUGUCUGGGUAUGCUUUCUGCUUAGUGUCUCAUGUUGCUGUGCUGGUGCUUACUUGGAGACUGCCCGCGUCUGUUAUGGCACGGAAUAUGUUAUUCCAUCAAUAUUCGAAUCCUAUUUCACAAUUACCAAGCUGUUCUUCAAGCCAUCAUACCCUCAGGGAUCACCCAAGACACUGGUGUUAGACAAAUUGAAGCUAAAAGACCCACGUUACAAAGUCACCGUCUUGACCUUGAGAAUACCAGAUGUAACAGAAGAGGACAAUGGGAUUUUCUCUGUUAUGUAUGACGAUGGCAUUACAUUUGAUCUCCUCAGACUGGAAGUUACUGAUUGUUCUUCCAAAGUAGAAUUGACUUACGGUUCUAGGUUCUUGCAGACUGUUGUCAAUCAAGCUUCUACCUUAGACUUCCUGCCUUUAGACUCUUCCUCUAAGUCUGUGGUACUCUGGAAUCAAACAAACAACCAGGCUGGCACAGAGGGCAUUGGGGUGAUGAUAGGCCACUCAUGGGUGGUAACGCGUGUCACCCAAAAGCAUCAGGGCCACUAUACCUUCAGAAACAGCGAUGGGCGGAUUCUGUCCAGAAGAAAGCUGGAAGUGAAAGAACAUGUUGAGUGGCACACUGUGGACAGUGAUGAGAAUAUCGUCAUCAAAUUCGCCCUGGACUCUGACGAGUACAACCUCAACUUUUUUCCGGAAGGGGAAACAGAGGCCAUACUUUUGAUUAAAAAGGGAAUAGAAAUGUAUGGCAAACCCAUCAAUGACAAGGUUCGGAUACUGGGUCGAAGAUCACAUUUUGCUUUUAAAAUUGCUGAUUUAGAGAACCAGGAUUCUGGCAAGUUUGAGCUCAGAGACCAGGACAACAACUUGGCUUUAGUAGUUUGGCUGAAGGUAAAACCUGGUAUUUAUAUGGCAACAUAUAUUUUUGUGGGAGUUUCAGUCUUUAUCCUGGUGGGUAUCUAUUGUUGUGUGAGGAAGUGCUGCAGUAAGAGUAACGCCUCCAAACGAAACGCCUCUGCUUCCGCGUUGGGGCAGGUCGUGGUCCACCAAGACGAAACCUGUCACAUGACCAGUCAACCCUCAGGCCCAAGUCACGCCAGACCCCGAUAUUUUCAGAGUUAUGCUAGUGAACCGGUCGUCACAAUAUCCCCCGCAGCACCCUCCGGCCCAACGUACCAGCCCACUCCUCCUCCCCCCAAUCAAUCGUCCAAUGACACGACGAUCCUUAAGGAUGACCCCCACACUCAGGUGUCCACCUCCACAGGACUGGAUCCUCCUUCGUUCUCUCUGGGUUUCGACUGCCUCUCUUCGGAUUCUGAGACUCAGUUCAAGCUUCCUCAGAGAUUAAACCACCGCACUGACUUCUUUCCCAGCUCAGACCCUUCCUCCUCUGCAGAUGUGUACAUCUCUGACAAACUGAAUUUCCGGUAAAAGAAAAUACUGUAUUUGGUGGGACCCUACCACAUUUAGUUAUUUUCUUGUCUGGUCACAUGUCAGUUAUGUAGCCGAAUUCUAUGGAUAAGUAUGAAUUAUUUUAUCAUUAAUUUAUUGUUUAAGCAUAUUUUUGCACCUUUUAAGGAUUCUACAGGUCUACUUUGUUGAGUUUAGGCUAUGUGCAAGCCAAAUCACCAUCUCCAGUUUUUCUACAUUUAUAUCUUCCACUUUUAUAUAUUUAUUCUCUGAGAAUUUGUGCCUUUUUUAAUCUAUUAUUUUUGCUCGGGUGGAUUAUCCAAUAUUUUGAACUAUGACUAUCCACCACCAGUUAGCAGUCACUUCUGUGAACCUAACUGCAUAUAUAUCUAUAUCUACCUGCUUGCCUUAUAGCCCUGGUGCUGCCUGUCCUGGUUGUCUUGCCAUGCCUUUCUGACCUCAUAUACUAUUGGACAACUCAAUGUCCCAUAUGGAAACUAUUCUAACUUUGUGCGUGUGUGUUGUUUUUGAUCUAAAUAUAUUACUAUGAAGAUGUAUAUAGAUGUAAUAUGUAUUGUCUCGUAAUAAUUGUAAUCUGUUACGGUCGUUAAGUGCAAUUAAAUAGUGCAACCUCUAGUCAUAAAAUGUACAGUAUGUGUUCAACCCUAUCCCUGGUAUCCACACUAGUUUAUGUUCGCUUACAUUUCUGAAUGUAGGCCGUUCGCUUACAUUUCUGAAUGUAGGCCGUUCGCUUACAUUUCUGAAUGUAGGCCGUUCGCUUACAUUUCUGAAUGUAAGCCGUUCGCUUACAUUUCUGAAUGUAAGCCGUUUGUGGUCAGCAUCAGAUUACAGUAAAUUCAAGUUAUUAGCUAUCUCUUUUUUUGCCUGUUUCCUAUUUGGUUGUUGAGGAUUAGGAGCAUUUUUUUGUUUAAUACUGGCGUACAGGUUUUGAUCAAAAGUGCUGGUGUUUCUGAUUGGCUGAUAGGUGGCAUUAAACUCUGUAAAACUCGAGAUACCAAACCCUCUGAUCACAACAGUCUACUAGUGAUACCAAACCUCCUGAUUACAACAUAGUCUACUGGUGAUACCAAACUCUCUGAUUACAACAAAACCUUUUCACACAAUUAUAUUUAAGAUUUGUGUAUGUUUAUCGUAUGCAUGAAAAUUCCUUGUUUGUGUGAACUUACAUGGUGAAUAAAGCCCAUAAUGAUUCAGA